CGCUGAUCUAGCACAAUACGUUCCGUCAGACUGACAAUAACCCAGCGAGGCCUCUUCAGGGUAUCCAGAAUGCGAGUGCACAAGAUCCCCGCAAUCAAAAUUGACCGUCGGACAUCUGGUCGAUAUUUGAUCCUUCUCCAGCCGUUGAGCAUCUCCAUCAGACAGUAUCACUAUGGACGCUGCUCAAGCUGCGAUUGCCGAGGCGGCAGGGACUAUUGGAUCGAGAUUCGAAUCGCAGAAGACUGUCGACGAAGCUAGAGAGCGGAAGGAUAGAGAAUGGAAGGAUGCUUACGCAAAAAUCGGCCAAGAGCCUCCACCCAAAUCAGAAGAACCAGUUCAUGAUGGUAGAACGCUGUACGAGAGACUCCAAAUCAAUAAAGAAGCGAAGAAUCAAGAAUGGGACGCCAAGAUGAAGUUAUCAAACCAGUACAGAGGUCUCGAUACGGAAGAACAAAAGUUUCUAUCUGAUAAAGCGGCAGAGAGGAGAGCAGAGGAGAAGAAGAGACAGGACGCAGAGAACGCCGAAGUUAUGGAGUACCGAGAACGCCUGGCAGCUCGUAACGCCACAGAAUUAUCAGCUCCGGAGUACCAACCUCAACCAUCGUCGUCCAAAUCCAGUAGCUCAAACCCUCGUAUACCACCGAAACCAGCCAAGAAGGAUGUGAAAAGUCUCAUGAAGGGCGUCGUCGUAAAGAAGAAGCCAAAAGUCGUAUCAACUACAAAGGCCGGGGACAAGCCGUCCGAGGAAAAGAGUCAAGAGAGCGCUGGUGUAGAGCCGGCUGCGUGGUUGGACGGUACGAAAGGAAAACGGAAAGUCGAGAGCGAGGAGGCGAGCGAUCACGACCCGGGCAAAAAGACAAAGGUGUAGAUGACCCCAGGCAUGGAAGACCUUUUCUACCUUUUCUCAGUUGUAAAAUGUCAAGAUCUGCCCUUUGCAACAUGCACAGUUUCAUUCAUG